UCCCACCUCCUCCUCUUCUCCAUUUGCCCCUCUCUCUCUCUCUCUCUCUCUCUCUCUCUGCGUUUCUUCCAUGGAUCCUCAGCCUUCCCCGUCGCCGGGAAGGUCGCCGCCGCCGCCCUCCGACCUCCACCGGACCGCCUCCUCCGACCUCCCCCGGACCUCCUUCUCCUCCUCGUCCAGAUCCCUCUCCGACGCCGCCGCCGCCGCCGCCAGCGCCAGGCCCGCCGAUCCGUCCUGGGUCGGGUGGUGGUCCUCCUCCACCUCCAUCGCCGUCCCCGACUUCGCCCCGCUCGCCGCCCGCCCCGCCUCCGAUCUCUCCCGAUCCGACUUCCUCCCCUACCUCUCCUCCAUCUCCGACCCCUUCCACCGCUUCGAGGACGUCCGGGACCACUCCUCCCGGGAGCGCGAUCUCCAGGGCGGGGGCGGCGGGGGAGGGGCGGCGGAGGCCGGGGGACAGGGUGACGCCCUCGUCGCGUGCCUCCGGGAGGUCCCCGCGCUCUACUUCAAGGAGGACUUCGCGCUCGAGGAGGGCGGCACGUUCCGGGCGGCCUGCCCCUUCUCGAGCAUCGCGGAGAACGCGGCGCUGCAGGAGAAGCUGUCGCACUACUUGGAUGUGGUGGAGCUGCAUUUGGUGAAGGAGAUUUCGCUGCGGUCCAGCUCGUUCUUCGAAGCGCAGGGGCAGCUGCAGGACUUGAACGUGAAGAUCCUGCGCGGGUGUGGCAGGAUCAGGGAGUUGAAGGAGACUAUUAGGCUCCUGGAUGGGGAUUUGGUGGAUUCGGCCCGGCAGGUUCAGGAGUUGAACGCCACCAGGGGGAACUUAUUGCGUCUCCAGCAGAAAUUGAGGCUUAUACUGUCGGUCAAUCAAGCGGUUUCGGCUCUCGAGUUGCUGGUUGCAUCCUCAGAUUGCGCUGGUGCUUUGGAUGUAAUUGAUGAUAUGCGGCACUUGCUGGAUGGGGAUGAACUUACUGGUCUACAUUGCUUCCGUCACCUUCGGGACCAUGUAGCAGCCUCAGUAGAUUCCAUAAACAGCAUUCUUUCAGCAGAGUUUAUGCGUGCUUCUGUCCAUGAUGUAGGAGACAUGGAUGUAAUUAUUUUGUCAAAAGUAAAAGCAAGGGCUUCUGUUUCUGCAAAUGGGGCAGAAGAUGAGAUUAAAUUUGAUGAGGAAGAGACUUCUAAUUUGCGAGAACGUCUUCUCCCUAUUGUAAUUGGAUUGCUCAGAACAGCUAAGCUCCCUUCCGUAUUGAGGAUAUACCGCGAUAUGCUUACUGCCGACAUGAAAACUGCAAUUAAGACCACAGUGGCAGAGCUUCUUCCAGUUCUUGUUGCUAGAUCUGCUGAGUUGGAUUUCACGCCAGGAGAGCGGACAAAUGAUGGAGAAGGUGGAGGUUCAUCUCUUGCAAGCAAGUUGAGGAGCCUGUCAUCGGAAUGCUUUGUGCAACUUUUAGGUGCUAUUUUCAGCAUAGUACGGGUACAUUUAGUGCGAGCUGCUGAAGUUAAGAAGGCUAUUGAAUGGAUUUUGUGCAAUCUUGAUGAUCACUAUGCUGCAAAUUCUGUUGCUGUAGCAAUAGCUCUUGGUGCAGCAGCUGCAGAAACUGCGGAGGAUACUGAUGGUCAGAUUGGUUCCAUUCUGCCAUAUGUAGCUGAGAGAAAUGGCUCUGCCAAGCUUCCUUCUUUUCAAGGAAAGGCUAACGAAAGUCUCACUACAACCGCAGUGUCGAAAAACUUCAGAGCUGAUGUGUUGCGAGAAAAUGCAGAAGCUAUAUUUGCUGCUUGUGAUGUCGCUCAUGGGAGAUGGGCCAAGCUCCUUGGGGUGCGGGCACUUCUUCAUCCAAGAUUAAGAUUGCAGGAAUUUCUGAGCAUAUACAACAUAACGCACGAAUUUAUAUCUGCUACAGAGAAGAUUGGUGGAAGAUUGGGAUAUAGUAUCAGGGGCACACUACAAUCACAGGCUAAGUCCUUUGUCGAUUUUCAGCACGAAUCCCGUAUGGCAAAGAUUAAAGCAGUGCUUGACCAAGAAACGUGGGUUGAAGUUGAUGUACCUGAGGAAUUCCAGGCAAUAAUAAAUGCACUAUUUUGCACUGAUUCGUUAUAUACAGAUAGCAUAGAUGCUUCUGAAGUCAGCAUGGUUGCUGGAAAUGAUGUUCCAAAUGAGGCAGCUACUGGACUACUGUUGACACAACAGGAAACUCAACCCGGGGGGGACAUGGCAGUUAUAUCUUCAGAAAAUUCCGACCAAGGAAUAUCUUCGUCACUGACAAGUAAUUCUGAAAAGAACAAAGCAGACAUUAAUUCAUCUUCUCAGGUUAAUAACAGCACUGUUAAAGAGCGUGGAAAAUCUGGUUCUCAAUCUCUUAUUUACAGAGGUGUUGGUUAUCACAUGGUGAACUGUGGCUUAAUAUUGGUGAAGAUGUUGUCAGAGUAUAUUGAUAUGAAUAAUUUUCUGCCGACACUUUCUUCAGAAGUGGUUCUUCGUGUUGUUGAGAUACUAAAGCAUUUCAACACGAGGACAUGUCAGCUUGUUCUUGGGGCUCAUGCCAUGCAGGUGUCAGGGUUGAAGUCUAUAACUUCCAAGCACUUGGCCUUGGCGAGUCAAGUCAUCAGCUUCAUACAUGCCAUUAUUCCUGAAAUCAGGCGUAUUCUCUUCAUGAAAGUACUUGAAACACGCAAGGCAUUGAUGCUGUUAGAGAUGGAUCGAGUGGCGCAGGAUUAUAAGGUUCAUCAAGAUGAAAUUCAUUCCAAGCUGGUUCAGAUAAUGAGAGAAAGGCUAUUGGUCCAUUUGCGUGGGUUGCAAAGUAUGUUCCAGAGUUGGAAUAAAGUUGACGAUACUGAUGCUCAGCCAAGUCAGUUUGCACGAUCCCUUACGAAAGAAGUUGGCUUUCUUCAACGAGUCUUGACUCGGACUUUGCAUGAACCUGAUGUUCAAGCAAUUUUCAGGCAAGUGGUCUCUAUUUUCCAUUCACAAAUAUCAGAAGCAUUUUACAACGCAUUAAAAAGUUCUGAAGUAAGCUCUCCGGAUGCAAAGAAGAGGCUUUGUCGGGAUACACAACACAUCCUGGGAUGCAUUCGGUCAUUGCCUACUGGAGACUUGAGUGAAUCUACCACUCCUAACCGGGGGAGACUUGAUGAGUUCUUGGCUGAAAAUUUUGAAACUUGAUGAGAUGUACAGUGAAAUUGUCGUUUUUCUUAUUUUCCGGAAUUUAAGGACAGCCAUAUUUGAGGAGCAUUUUGGAGAUGAGGCAUUCUUUCUUUCCUUUGGUGAUGAGGUAACAGGUGUCUGAUUGUUAUAUACUACUCCAUCUGAAUUAUUAAUGCAUUGCGACGGUGGAGCUUUGUUGGCACAUUUUUUUAGCAACCAGACUGAGAAUAUGAUCCUUAUGGCUACUAGGAAGUGAUAUCUUCCAUGAAAUUGGAAAUUGUAAACAUAUAGAGGUUUCUCUUUUAGACCAAUAGGGCGACAGAACCAGUAAUAUCGGGUAGAUUUUUUACCUUUCCAGGUGCACAGAAGGCAUUUCUUGAUAUUGUAUCACUAUCUGUACUACACCUUUUUCGAUAUCGUGAAUGAUAAUUUUGUCACUCCUA